AUGGAAGCAAACCAAAACGACGAGCUGUAUCCGAUCGCCGUUCUCAUCGACGAGCUUAAGCAUGACGAUGUGCUGCUGCGAUUGAACGCCAUCCACCGCCUCAACACGAUAGCUCUGGCAUUGGGUGCCGAGCGGACGCGGGAUGAGCUGAUACCCUUCCUCGAUGAAUCGGUAGAAGAUGAAGAUGAAGUGCUGACAGCUCUGAGUGAGGAAUUGGGCAAGUUCGUCGAAUAUGUUGGUGGUCCAGAGUUCGGACACGUGCUGCUCUCGCCUCUGGAGAACCUCGCUGCGAUAGAAGAGCCGCUUGUGCGAGAGAAGGCCGUCGAAUCCCUGAACAAGAUUUGCGAAGAGCUCUCGCAGCAACAGAUCGAGGAGUACUUCAUCCCGCUCGUCUUGCGCCUGUCAAAGGCCGACUGGUUCACCUCAAAAAUCUCGGCGACCGGUCUCUACUGCGUACCUUACACACGAGCUCCCCCACCAUCGCAGGAGCAGCUCAGGCAGCAUUAUGGCCAGCUCGUGCACGAUGACACCCCGAUGGUGCGACGACAGGCCGCAAACAACCUCGCAAAAUUCAUCAAGUGUAUGCCACCGGCCAUCGUUAUCGAUGAGAUGAUUUCCCUCUUUCAGCACCUUGCGGCCGACGACCAGGAUAGUGUCAGACUUUUGACGGUGGAUAUCUUGAUCGCAAUCGCAGAGGCAGUGCCAAAGGAGCAGCAGUCGAGCCAUGGCGUGCUCCUCACAGCUCUGCGGAGUCUUUUCGAAGACAAGAGCUGGAGGGUGCGCUACAUGGUUGCUGAUCGGUUUGAGAAGAUCGCGAAAGCCGUAGACGAGGAGGUUGUCAACCGAGACCUGGUACCCGCAUUCGUAAAGCUUUUAAAGGACACCGAGGCGGAGGUGCGAAGUGCUAUCGCGGGGCAGAUCCCGGGCUUCUGCGCGCUCCUCGAACGUGAGACUCUGCUCCAGGAGGUGAUGCCAAGCAUCGAGGAGCUCGUUUCCGACCAAUCGCAACAUGUUCGCGCUGCACUUGGUACCCAGAUUAGCGGGCUGGCCCCAAUUCUCGGCAAGGACGAGACCAUUUCACAUCUUCUGCCCAUGUUCCUUCAGAUGCUCAAAGAUGAAUUCCCAGACGUUAGGCUUAACAUAAUAUCUAAGCUUGAGCUGGUAAAUAACGUCAUUGGCAUUGAACUUCUCUCACAAUCUCUUCUACCGGCCAUUGUCCAGCUCGCAGAAGACAAGCAAUGGCGUGUACGGCUGGCGAUCAUCGAAUACGUCCCUCUUCUUGCCUCGCAGUUAGGUGUUAAGUUUUUCGACGAAAAGCUUAGCAGCUUAUGUAUGAGCUGGCUCGGCGACACCGUUUUCUCCAUCCGCGAGGCGUCUACGCAGAAUCUCAAGAAGCUUACCGAGGUUUUCGGCGUAGAGUGGGCCAACGAGGCCAUUGUGCCCAAAGUGAUGGCCAUGGGCCAGCAUCCCAACUACCUCUACCGAAUGACUACCUGCUUUGCUGUUUCGACCCUCGCACCCGCUCUCAGUCUCGACGUGAUUGAGGCAUCCAUUCUCCCUAUGAUGGAUAAGCUCGUUAACGACGACAUUCCCAACAUCCGAUUUAACGUUGCCAAAUCAUACGCCGUCCUCAUUGACACUCUCAAGCAGCUCCCAGAGCAAGGCACUGUACUUGCACUGCAAAAAGCAGGAACCCCUGGCCAGGGAUGCCCCAAGGGACAGGAUCUCAUUACAAAGAGCAUCUUGCCCAAUCUGGAGAAGCUGCAGCAAGAUGAUGAUGUCGAUGUAAGGUACUUUGCGACUACGGCGGCGCAGAGUUACACGGAUGCGAUGCAGACUUAG